AUGCCGGGAAGAACCUCGCGCUCGCGAUUAACGACAACAACAAAUACAACAUCGGCGAAAGAGUUUAAAGAUGAAAGAAGACACUUGCGAACGACGCGAUCGAGCUCGGCGAAAGCGCACUCCGGCAUCGUCGACGUCGCGAAGAAACUUUUGUGCACGGUGCAUAAACUCGACGGGCACCUUCAAGAAGGAAAGAAGAGAAGCGCUCGCGGCGUUCGGAGGUUUUCAGCAGACGUUGCCAUAAAAAACGGCAUGCAAGAAGAGGAGGCGUUUGAAGAAGAAGAAGAAGACGACGUGAAGGAGGAGGAUUUUUUAGAAGACGUGCACAUGGAAGGACAGACGCCGACGGUUGCGAAGACGACGACGAGAAAUACGGUAAAGAUACAUCGAACGCCGGAAGGAACGCCGAAAGACGAGAAGCAAGUGGAAAGAGUCGUCGCUUUGAUGCGAUUGAUCUUAACCGCGAAGAAAGUGAAGGAGGACAAAGUGCCGGCGCUCAUCGCGCCGAAUCUGUACCUCGGGUCGAUCGGCGCGGCGCAAAGCGAGGAGCAGAUUAAAGAGAAAGGGAUCACGCACGUCCUCACGGUGGCGAGAGGGUUUGAGAUUAAACACGUGGAAGGGGUGAAGUAUAUGACCGUGGAGGUGGCGGAUAGGCCAGAUGCGGAUAUUCGAAGCCACUUUCCGCAGUGUUUCGAGUUUAUUAGCGGCGCGGUGAAGAGCGGCGGGAACGUGCUCGUGCACUGUUUCGCCGGCCGGUCGAGAAGCGCGUCCGUAUGCGCGGCGUACGUCAUGUGUCACGAAAACAUCAGGUUGGACGAAGCUUUGAUGCGAAUGCGGUUGGCGAGACCGCAGAUUAACCCGAACGCCGGGUUCAUGGGCCAGUUGAACCAACUGGAUGAAGAUUUGAUGAAGUGGCGGCGUAAAACCGGCCAAGAGAAGAUGAAGGAGGACGAGCAAGAAGUGACUUCGGCGCAAUCGCAAAACAGAGAUAGCGGACAAUCCAAGAGUUCCACCAGCGAAAGUUACAGCAUGAGCCACGGCGAUCAGCAUCACGCCACUAACAAGCGCAACGGCGGCGGCGGCGAAAAUUACGCGGAAACUGACCCGGCGAGCGAAAUCGCGAAAAAUACGCGACGCGCGAAAGCCGGCGCCGCGUCCACCACGACCGAAAGCGGCGGCACCAAGUCCACCUCCUCCGACCAGGACAACUCCACCCCGUACCGAAACCCGGACAAGAACAAGAACAAGAACUUAAACGACAACAACAUCUUGGAGCAGCGACCCGAGAGGGGCGGCGGCAAAUCCGCGCCAAAGCCGCAUCCGCCGCCCAAGACGAGGACGACGACGAAAGCGAGCGCGAAAGGCGGCGCGAUCAUGAUUUCCAGUUCCGGCUCCGACGACGACGACGACCACCACCAACAACAAGAACAAGAAGUCGUCGACAUGGACGUGCUUUGA